AUGACGGCCUCUCUGAGCUCCUUCAAGCCCCUACCACUGCACAAGUCUUUUGCAGCAUCGGCAAUCGCAGCUUGUGUGGCAGAGACACUCACACUACCUUUAGAUACAGCGAAGGUUCGGCUACAGCUACAAUCUAAGAGCACAGGUCCUCCACUGUACAAGGGACUCUUGGGAACUGUUAGGACAAUAGCCAAGCAAGAAGGGCCAGGAGCCCUUUGGAAGGGCCUUGAAGCAGGACUGCACAGGCAAUGCUUGUUUGGUGGCCUACGGAUUGGCCUGUAUGAGCCAGUCAAAAGGCUGUACAUGGGGAAAACCCCUGAUGCUGUUGCACCCUUCCACACAAAGGUGGCUGCUGGGCUUACCACAGGGGCUCUGGGCAUCCUCAUUGCCAGCCCGACAGAUCUUGUCAAAGUGCGGAUGCAGUCUGAGGCGGGUGGUGGCCCCAAGCGCUACCCCAAUGCCAGGGCAGCGUACGGCAUGAUUGCCAGGGAAGAGGGGCUGCUAGGUCUGUGGAAGGGCGUCACACCAAAUGUUGGUCGGAAUGCGAUCAUCAAUGCAGCAGAGUUGGCUAGCUACGACACGAUAAAAACAGCACUGAUAUCUACUGGGUACUUUGAGGACACGAUACCCUGCCAUUUGGCAUCUGGAUUGGGGGCAGGCUUCUUUGCUGUCUGCUUUGGCUCUCCAGUUGAUGUUGUCAAGUCCCGCCUCAUGGGUGAUAAGACUGGACAGUACAGUGGAUUGGUGGACUGCUUUGUGAAGAGCUUCAGGACUGGAGGGCUUGCAACCUUCUACAACGGCUUCUUGCCCAACUUUGCUCGUCUGGGAUCCUGGAACUGCGCCAUGUUCCUGACUGUGGAGCAGGUCAAGAAGCUGUUCUACUGAAGGAGAGCAACAGUCUCUGCGCAAGAGAGUGACAUUGCUAGGAGACUGAUUGUCUGAGAUUGUGUCUGCAAUUAUCAGAUCUGAAUUAGGUACAGGAACGGCGUAGGUCUGUGAACUUUAUCUGCACCAGGCACAGCAGGACAUCCGCAGUAAUUUACCGGUGGACAGAACAAGAGUGCUCUUCAUUUCUGUAUCAUAUGGUUGUCCGUUAUGUAGAAGCAUCAAUGUGUGAACAGCAGAUUUAGGAUAAGACGUUCCCUGUAGAAACGUUAUCAUGCAUGUGUGUCAUACCACACAACAACGUUGGUUUUGUGGCCACAAAAGUAGGAAGGCAGAAGGUUUGAAUGAGGGUGUGCUAGGUAUCAUUCUUGGUGGGGGGCAUAUUCGAGAUACCGUAGUGUAAAGAAUAGCACUCCUU